AAUAUGUCUAUGGUUCAUUCUCAAAUCUAAUUUGUAAAUAAAAAUGAUUUGUAUUUUAAAGCAUGAUAAUUACAGUACAUGGAUGGGCGGAGGGUGGGUGCGCGAUUAGUCUCAAAACCGGUAAAUUGCUGACAUACCUAUUUAAUGUAUCAUGUUUUAAAGUGUUACCGUGUAACUUAAUAAUAUUUGGGUAUAAUAAAUAAGUAUUUUUUUAAUAAAUUCUUCUUUAUCAAAUUUCAAAGUUUCAAGUAAUAUUAUUUAUGAUUAGGAUUCUAAAUAAUAAUAGUUUAUUAUGAAAAGCAAACUCUUUAUCUCGAAUUUUAUUUUAACCACAUUAUUCAGUACUUCAGUGUAGCGAACACGCGAAUAAUACAAAUAUACAAUUAAAAGUUAUUAGUUAUUACUUAUUACUUUAGAUUUGUCUACGAAAUAAUUUAAAAUUUUUUAAAGAUGAGAAGAAAACCAAAUAUUCUCAUUACUGGUACACCUGGUGUAGGGAAAUCGAAACUGUGUGAAGAAUUAAUUCGAAAUGGAUUAGAUAUGGAAUGGAUUGAAGUUGGUCAAGUAGCUAAGCAGUGUAAUUGUUAUUCUGGAUAUGAUGAGGAAUUGGAAUGCCACAUCCUUAAUGAAGAUAAAGUAUUGGACGAGUUAGAAUCAAGAAUGGAAGAAGGAGGUAAAAUAAUUGAUUACCAUGGUUGUGAUUUCUUUCCUGAAAGAUGGUUUGAUGUAGUAUUUGUAUUGAGAACUAAUAAUACAUUAUUAUAUGAUCGUCUUGAAAAAAGAGGAUACUCAAGUAAAAAGCUUCAAAAUAAUAUAGAAUGUGAAAUAUUCCAAACUUUACUUGAAGAAGCUAUGGAAUCAUAUGAUAACAACAUUGUAAAUGAGUUACGCAAUGAAACCUAUGCAGAUAUGGAACGCAAUAUCACUCAAAUAAAUGCUUGGGUAAACCAAUGGAUUAAAGACAAUGUUGAUAAAUAGAAUUAAGUAUAUGUGUUUACUUGUUCAUGCUAAAAACAAAAAUUCUUUCUAAAUUGACAUACCUAUUAAACUGUUAUUUGAUAAAUAAUUUAAUUUUGAU